CCCGGACUGAGAGGACAGGGAAAGUUGGCCAAAUGGCUUUUCUGGGGGGAGUCCGACGUUUAUUAUUUUCAUAUGUUUUCAUUAACGGCAUAUUUAUUACGCUGCAAACUAAAGAGGAGGUGCUUUUGGACAUGAGGGCAUCGGGGAGUGAACUGGGCUGGCUAACGUGGCCCGUAGAUCAGACAGACAAGCAAGGGUGGGAGGUUGUCCAGAAGACCCUGAAUGGCUCUCAGUUCUACUCUUACUCUGUCUGCAAUGUUGGGGAACGAGAGCAGGACAACUGGCUCCGCACCACCUUCAUCCAGCGUCGUCCGUCGGCCUCGCGGGUGUUUGUGGAACUCCAGUUUAUUGUGCGUGACUGCAACUCUUUUGGUGGCGUCUCGCUGACCUGCAAGGAAACGUUCAACCUCUUUGCCUCCGAGUCCGAUGCAGACGUGGGCACUACUUUCCGCAAGAGCCAGUUCAAGAAAGUGGCAACCAUAGCCCCCGAUGAAAUCACCAGCAAAAGUGACCUUCGAAUCAACACUGAGAUACGGGUGGUGGAGAGCCUGUCUCAUAAAGGCUUCUACUUGGCCUUCCAAGAUAUUGGGGCCUGCGUUGCUCUUCUGUCUGUCAGGGUCUACUACAAAACCUGCCCUGCCAAAGUGAUGAGUCUUGCGGCCUUCCCUGAGACUGUAGCUGGAGGUGAGAACCAGGCGCUCAGGGAAGUGAACGGGGUUUGCGUGGAGAAUGCCAUCAGUGAGGAGCAACCUCGCAUCUACUGCACUACCGAUGGGGAGUGGGUGGUCCCAGUGGGGCAGUGUCAGUGCAAACCAGGCUACGAAGAAGUCGAAGAUGCAUGCCAAGAGUGCAAGCCUGGGUUCUUCAAAGCGGCAGCAUCUGGUGCAAAGUGUGAGCCGUGUCCUGCCAACACCCAGGGGCUUGGCUCUGGGGCGCUGCUUUGUCCCUGUAUGGACGACUUCUUCCGGGCUCCUGAUGACCCUCCUACUGGACCCUGCUCAGGCUUGCCCUCUGCUCCACGAGAACUUGUGGCCACCACGACCCAGCUCUCAGCAGGUAAACUCCUCCUCUCUUGGAGCGCGCCUGAAGACACCGGCGGUCGGACUGACAUCACCUACAGCGUGGAAUGCCAGCGCUGCGAGGGCGCUGUAUGCCAGCCCUGUGGAGAGAAGAUCCGCUAUGACCCGGCCAGUGCGGGCCUGACUGACACCAAGGUUUCAGUGAGCGAGCUCGAUGCCCACCUCAACUACACCUUCACUGUGGAGGCUCAUAGCGGCGUGUCGCAGUUCGCCAGUCAGGGAACACCACGGGCCAACAGGCCACCUUCCACCAGCGCCCUGACUACCACUCUGCACUACACAGACCCUCCCAAGGUUACAUCCAUGCGCCUGGAUGAGAGAACCCCCACCAGCCUUUCCCUUUCCUGGGCUAUAUCCCCCCGCCCACCGGCCCAGCACCGACCCAUCCGCUACGAACUCACCUACCGCAAAAAGGAUGACAAUCUGGACGUGACCACCUACACUGUGCUGCUGCUGGAGAAGAGCUCAGUGCAAAUCAAUGACCUGGCCCCAGGCACUGCCUACCUGUUCAGGGUCAUGGCGCUCGGCAAUGAGGGGACCCCCGGAGGCUCCAGCAUGGAGGAUGAGUUUGAGACUCUGCGAGAGGCUCAAAACAACACUGCAAUUAUCUUCGGUGCCGCAGUUGGAGGUGCAGCCAUGUUGUUCAUUGUGGUGGUGGUCCUGCUUGUACGCAAACGGAGAAGGAACUCUCAUACCAGACAAGGACCAGAGGAUACCUACUUCUCCAGUUCAGAGCAACUGAAGCCUCUGAAGACCUAUGUGGAUCCUCACACAUACGAGGACCCCAAUACAGCCAUCCUCAAGUUUGCCAGUGAAAUCCACCCUAGCCACAUAUCCAAACAGAAAGUCAUUGGAGCUGGGGAGUUUGGCGAGGUGUAUCGUGGUAUUUUGAAGGUGCCGGGGAGGAAGGAGGUGGCGGUGGCUAUCAAGACACUGAAGCCAGGCUACUCCGAGAAGCAAAGGCAGGACUUCCUCAGUGAAGCCUCUAUCAUGGGCCAGUUCUCCCACCAGAACAUUAUUCGCCUGGAGGGGGUGGUCACCAAAUUCAAACAUGCCAUGAUUGUGACUGAAUACAUGGAGAAUGGAGCACUGGACAAGUACCUUAGGGACCAUGAUGGUGAGAUGACAUCCUUCCAGCUGGUGGGCAUGCUGCGUGGCAUUGCUGCAGGCAUGAAGUACCUCUCUGACAUGAGCUACGUUCAUCGUGACCUGGCUGCCCGCAACAUCCUGGUCAACAACAACUUGGAGUGCAAAGUGUCUGACUUUGGCCUGUCCCGAGUACUAGAGGAUGACCCUGAGGGGACGUACACCACCAGCGGUGGUAAGAUUCCCAUUCGUUGGACGGCUCCAGAGGCUAUUGCUUACAGGAAGUUCACCUCAGCUAGCGACGUGUGGAGUUUUGGGAUCGUCAUGUGGGAGGUCAUGGCCUUCGGGGAAAGGCCGUACUGGGACAUGAGUAACCAUGAGGUGAUGAAGGCUAUCAACGAGGCUUUCAGGCUGCCGGCGCCUAUGGACUGUCCCUCAGCUGUCUACCAGCUGAUGCUGCAGUGCUGGCUCCAGGAUCGCUCCAAGAGGCCUCGCUUCCCUGACAUCGUUAGCCUGCUGGACAAGCUGCUGCGAAGCCCAGACUCCCUGAAGACCAUCGCAGACUUUGACCCACGCGUAUCCAUCCGCCUGCCCAGCACCAGUGGUUCAGACGGUUCCCCCUUCAGGUCAGUGUCAGAAUGGCUGGAGUCCAUCAAGAUGAGCCAGUACAGUGAGAACUUCACCUGCGCCGGGAUCGUCACCAUGGACCAGGUCUUGCAGAUGAAGAAUGAGGAUAUCAAGAAUAUCGGCGUGAGGCUGCCCGGCCAUUUGAAAAGAAUCGCCUACAGCAUCCUGGGUUUGAAAGACCAGACCAGCACCCUGAGUGUGUUUGCUGUGUGAUCUUCUCGACAGCGAAGUGAAUCUUAAAUCGGGCACUGAACCAGGCAGCCCUCAGACUGAACUUUGAACUCUAAGCUGAGCUGGAGUGGAGCUGCAGGGACGGCUUUGGAUUGGCGGAACCAAAUUCAACGCGCCAACCCUCAGGGCCGAAUGAAACAGACUGACUUACUGUACAUUUUUAUUUCACUGAGAUUUGUAACAAAUUUCUUCAUCUUAUCUAAAUGGGAAUGGAGCAAAAAAAAUACAGCAAUAGAUGUAUCAAGUAGAUUGUGUAUAUUUAGAUAUCUAUUUUUUAUUAUCCACGUCUUCUGUACAGAUACCAUUCAUCACUCAUGUGUUUAUUUUUUAUCGUUCCUUUUGCAUUCCUGCUUCAUAAAACUCAAGAAUCAAGCCACAUCACGGGAUAGCUGAAAUUGUGGUCCUUACAAAACUGCAUCUCGGAGUUGUUGCAUCGAAAUAUCAAACAAAUAAGGAAAGCACAGUAAGUGUGAUUGUAUGCGAGCAGCGGACUCCAGACUUGGCUGAGUUUGUGGUUGGUGCUGAUGUCAUGACAUCUCCCUUUAAUUGGCACUUUGGUCCAUUUCCUCUUAGACCAGUGAGGAUAGAGCAUGGAGUGGGCUGGAAUGAGCUUGAGCUGGCCAGAGGUUAGAGACGGCGUUUCUUAGGUGUGUGAAUGCAGGCGGACUCGUGUUGAGCUGGCUGGUUUUAGUCACUGGCUACUGUUGGCCUGCCACUGGCUCUGUUCAGAGAUUAAGCUAUAAUCAUAUAAUUGAUGUUAUAUGAAAAAGGAGAGGGCAUAUAUGAGGUACUCUUCGUGUAUUUCUGUAGACACUUUUUUUUUUUUUUUUAAUUUUUUACCAAAAGCAUUGGUAUCAAGGACACCACUUAUAAUGUAGCACUUGGAUCAGGAACCAUGCGGUCUUGGGUUGUCUGAGAUUAAGUUGAAAAUGAUCAUCUUUCCAAUCAUGCUCAUAACUGGAAGAAAGAUAGUGAUUCGGAGUGAAAAAAAAACACAUGCAAGUGAGAAACUGUAUUUGAAUGAAAUAAGUACGGUUUUCAUUCGGAAUACAUGUUUUUGCCAGUUGUACCAACUCAGUCUAUCAAGCGAGAGGGUGAAGUUUGCCAAAAUGCAAAUGCCAAAAAAAAAAAGAAAGAAAGAAAAAAAGAAAAGAUUUAAUGAUGACACUUGUUGUGGUUGUGAUAAUUUCAUGCUCGAGUAAAUUACAGUUUGGUUUGGAAUUUCAACGUCUCAUUUAGUUGUUGUUUUUUUUUUUUUUUUUUUA